GUUUUAGUAGCAGUUUCGCUGUAGUAUACGGACAACUUGUGAUAAACAUGCCUUCUAAACUGAUGAACUGUCGAUUUCCGAGAAGAAAUGCUACUGUAAGAUUAUUUUGUUUCCCAUGGGCAGGAGGAGGAUCAAAUUUUAAUGCCAACUGGGGAUCAAGUAUAAAUGAAAAUAUUGAAGUGGUUGCAAUACUUUUGCCUGGAAGAGAGUCGAGAUUUACUGAACCACCUAUCAGAACUAUGUCAGAAGUCGUGGAUGUUAUCACCAAGGCAAUUGUUAGUCAAUAUUCGGCUAAGCCGUUUGCUUUCUUUGGACAUAGCAUGGGUGCUCUUCUAUCGUUUGAGAUUGCAAAAGUUUUAAAGGAAAAACACAAUAUGCAACCAGUGAAGAUGUACGUUUCUGGAAUGUCCGGACCACGAGAAGACAAAGAUAAGGACACUUCCAAGACCCAAAAACGGGUGUGUGAAGCCACGGAUAAGGAAUUUAUCGAAUUUUUGCGAGGGAUGGGAGGUACACCAGACGAGAUACUGAAUAACGAGGAAAUAAUGGAGGUAUUUCUACCAGUGUUACGGGCUGAUUACGGUAUGGUAGAUGAUCAUAAAUUUGAGUUGCCCCCAAGUCCUACACCAAUGUUGACUUGUCCGGUUGAUGUUUUCGGGGGUAAGCAAGAUUCUGAUCGAGAUUAUGAAGCCUGGAGACGAAUAACGUCGGGAAAAGUGAAUGUUACGAUGAGAGAUGGUGGGCAUUUUUAUUUAAAAGAAAAGAAAAAUACAGAAUUCUUUUAUAAUUUGAUAAAUGGAGAUUUUUAAAACAGUUUGACAUCAAUAACCACUGUGCAUGAAAAAAAAUUGUUUCAUAUAAACCGGAGUAUUUAUAUAACAUCGUAUGUUUUGAAUAGGUGAAUAUAAGCAGAAUGAGACGUAUAUGAAUGCCGCAGGGCUAACAGGGACGUUAUAAAUUGUGUUUUCCGACAACUGUGACAGUGAUAUAGAAUACAAGAUUUUUUCAUACUCUAUAACAUAAUAAAUUUAGUCCAUAUAAUAUAACAGAAUCUCAAUGUGAAACCGGCGGUAACCCAGUCCCUCUUCUAUAGUAAAAUCCCUUUACUAUGUGAUCAAUUCUCGUUCUAUUUCUUUGAAAAGGUUCUAGUGGUUCUUUCAAUCUUCGUCCAUAUUCAGAAGAAGUUAAAACAGGAGAUGGUCUCAUCGUUUCCUGGAAUAACAGACGAUAAAUGAAGAUUUAAUAAAGCUGCUAACGAUAUAUUUCCACCCGAAUUGCGAGAUGAAAUUAAAUAGAGUUCUACACCCCACCAUUUGGCUAAUGAAAACGGACACCGCCUGGUCUUGUGCAAUGGGGGAACUUUUGUCAGGAUAGCAGCAAUAACCUACUCAUGUUCGAUUUCCAAUCUUGAUGGAUAUAAGCUAUUUUUGAACGGAACAAAAAAAAAAAGAAAGAAAAGAAAAAAAGAAGGCAUCGUCGGUAACGAACCUCGGCAUUCAUAGCAAUUCCAACUGUUAUGAUAUUCUUCCUAUCAUCUCUGUGUAAUUUACUAUUGUAGCCUGGUUGUUGAUGGAACAAACGCUCAUAAAUUGGUAAGACUUCGGCCUGCAAAAGAACUAAGAUCAGUUGCACUAGAACUUAUAAAUACAGGUCUAGUCUGUUGGAAGGAACCUUUAGCGUAACAUUUCCUACACCAGAACACCUUUGUUUCAGAAUCAUUUACCGUGUUAACAUGAACAUCUGAAUAUAUGCUGAAGCUGACAAUAGAGUUCGAGAUAUUUGUUUCACUUUUUGUGAAUCUGUCGUUUUGAAAAUGCACGAGGGACUUAUUACGUCACUCCCACCAUUUUUGUAUUGGAGAUAAAUCGUACGUCGGAUUUCCAUUCUAAAAAGUGAUGUGCAUAGCAGUGACGGAUCCCAGUCAGUUAAAACAAUAGUUUAUCGACUUUAUCAUAAGGUGACACUCUUGAAAAAAUGUCUGGAAAGUAGUAUGGAAAUUAAACAGUCCGAUUUAUAUUUCUCACUAUCAAAAUAUAAUAAUGUAUGCAAUUCCCUGCAUUGGUUUUACAUUUUUGUUAUGUGAUCUAGCUAAAUAAAGAUUCAAAUUUG